AUGGCGAUCGACAAAACCGAGCCCAGCAAGCUCCGAUGGGGAGAGCUAGAGGAAGAUGACGAUCUCGGCUUCUUGUUGCCUCCCAAGGAAGUUAUCGGCCUCGAUGAGAACGGGAUCAAAAAGGUGAUCGAAUACAAGUUCAAUGAAGAGGGUAAUAAGUUCAAAAUCACAACGACGACCCGAGUCCAAAAGCUGGCCAAGGUCCGUUUGAGUAAGCGGUCUUUGGAGUGGAGGAAUUGGGAGAAGUUCGGCAAUGCGGUGCGUGAAGAUGUUGGGAGUCGGCUCACUAUUGUGUCCAUUGAAGAGAUCCUUCUUGAACGUCCCAGAGCCCCUGUUUUAGAUUAG